UUUCCGCAGCUGGAUGCGAAGAAGAGCCCCCUGGCCCUUUUGGCACAAACUUGCUCGCAGAUAGGGAAGCCGGACCCGUCCCCUUCCUCGAAACUCUCCUCGGUCACCUCCAAUGGCUCCGGAGGCGACAAGGACUCUAAGUCGGGCCCCUUGAAGCUCAGCGACAUCGGCGUGGAGGACAAAUCGAGCUUCAAGCCGUACUCCAAGCCGGGCGCGGAGAAGAAGGAGCCGGGGGCGACGGGCUGCGCGGGCGCCCCCGCCGCGGGGGUCGCGGCCGGGGAGAAGUCGGGAUUCCGGGUGCCGAGCGCCACCUGCCAGCCGUUCACCCCAAGGACAGGCAGCCCCAACUCCAGCGCCUCCGCUUGCUCGCCCGGGCUGCUGCCGGCCGAGGGAAAAGGCGGGGAGGACAAGAAGGACUCGGAGGGCUGCGGAAAGAGCGGCAGCUCCGGCUCGGAGGGAGGCCCGGGCACCACCAGCAUCAGCCACAGCCGGAUUAGCGUGAGCUGUGCCGGGAUUAACGUGGAGGUCAACCAGCACCAGGAGAGCACGCCGGGCUCCAAGCCCAUCGCGUCGGACUCCGCCUCCUCCUGCAGCAGCACCACCGCCACCUCCUCCACCUCCGUUCUGGGCUCCGGCCUCGUGGCCCCCGUCUCCCCUUACAAGCCGGGCCAGACCGUUUUCCCCCUGCCCCCGGCGGGCAUGAGCUACCCGGGGACGCUGGCUGGAGCCUACGCCGGCUACCCGCCACAGUUCCUGCCGCACGGAGUGGCUCUGGACCCCACCAAAUCCUCCAGCCUGGUGGGGGCCCAGCUGGCCGCCGCCAGCAGCCUGGGCUGCAGCAAGCCGGCGGGGUCCAGCCCGCUGGCGGGCGCGUCGCCGCCGUCGGUGAUGACGGCGAGCCUGUGCCGAGACCCCUACUGCCUGAGCUACCACUGCGCCAGCCACCUGGCAGGCGCCGCCGGAGCCUCCUGCGCCCACGACCAAGCCCUCAAGUCCGGAUACCCCCUCGUCUACCCCACCCACCCUUUGCACAGCGUCCACUCCUCGCUGACCGGCGCCACGCCGCCUUCGCUAGCCGGCCACCCUUUGUACCCCUACGGCUUCAUGCUCCCCAAUGACCCCCAGCCACACAUCUGCAACUGGGUGUCGGCCAACGGACCCUGCGACAAGCGCUUUGCCACCUCGGAGGAGCUGCUUAGCCACUUGCGGACCCAUACUGCCUUCCCGGGCACCGAUAAACUCCUCUCCAGCUACCCCAGCUCCUCGUCGCUGGCCAGCGCAGCGGCUGCGGCCAUGGCGUGCCACAUGCACAUCCCCACGACGGGCGCCCCGGGCAGCCCGGGCACGCUGGCCUUGCGCAGCCCGCACCACGCGCUGGGACUCGGCAGCCGCUACCACCCCUACUCCAAGAGCCCCCUGCCCACCCCCGGGGCCCCCGUGCCCGUGCCCGCUGCCACCGGACCCUACUACUCCCCUUACGCACUCUAUGGGCAGAGACUCACCACAGCCUCGGCCCUGGGGUACCAGUGAGUGCAGGCAGCGGGGCUUUGACACACAACACAAAGUCUAGCGGUAAGGGAAGGAAGCCCUGCGAAACUUUAUAAAAGUUGGAAAGAAAAAAAAAAAUCUGACUUUUUAUAAAAUAGUGUUCAUUUGAGGACUGGAUCCAUGAGCACUGUAUUUAUUUAUGUUAGCUUCAAGCGGGACAACGAAUCAUAAAGUGCAUUACUAAACUGAGCUCAAUAGGUAAAAGUGGAACACCCAUUGUAGAAUAUAAAUAAAAAGAUAGAGGUCUUCUCUUUAAUGUUACUUUAAAAUUGCUAUGAUUGUAUUGUACGUUCUUAUUUAAUGUCUCAUUGAAACAAAAAAAUUUACAUGCAUGUUUGUUACUAAAAAACAACUCGCAAUUUGUCAGUUAUAAUUUCAAAUUGCAAUUAUUUUUAAGGUGUAUACCCUUGAAAGAGAAUUGGUAUUUUUUUGUAUGUAUUCUGGAAGAAAAAACAAAAACAAUUCUAUUCCAAAAACCUCAUUUGCCUUAUUUUGUUCUUUAAAAGGAACACUUAACUAUUUUUAAUUUUUAAGUCUACCCUGUAAAAAGGGUUAAGUAAGGUUUACGUCAUGUACUAAAAUAGACAAUGUAUCGCUUUAAAGAUUAAAAUUCCGUAUAUUUGAUGUAUUAAAAGGUUUUACUUUUUUUUUUUUUUUUUUUU